CCCGGCGCGCGGCUCUGCCGGGGAGCGAGGCUCGCAGCCAGGAGGCGGCGCAGCGGGAGGGAGCGCGGAGCCGGAGCCGGGCCGGGCCGCCUGCCUGGGGCCAGCGCUGCGGGCCGGGGACGGGCCGCGCCAGACCCAGGGAAGCGCGUCGGCGAAGCCGCGGUGGCCGGGACGAGCCAGGGGGGCGUCGGCCGCAGAGAGAACCGACCAGAGUCGGCGGAGCGUCGCCCAGCGGGGCUCCUGGGCCGCCGCGACCGCCCCUUCUCGUGGGACUUGCCGGAGGAGACCCGCCUUCGGGAGGGAGCGAGAGGAGCAGGUCUGCCGUCAGGCCAGCGGGAGAGGGAGGACCUUCGUGCUCAAAGGUGCUGAAGACCUGAGUCCCCUGCCUACCCAGGCCACCUGAGGCCGGGAGGGGCCAUGGCAGGGUAUGGCUGUCUGGGGCUGGGGCUGUUCUGCUGGGUCCUGCUUGCCGUCCCUGUGGGCUCCCAGCCUGCCUCCUCUGUCCCAGGUGCCCAUGUCACCACUUUGGCCCCGCCACCUCAGAGUGAGGCCUCUGUGCUGUCUCUCAACCUGGGACUUAACUUCAAAUUCCACCUUCGGGGACCUGCUGCUGCUUGGGGGAGCUCUGUCACGGAGACCCAGGCACUUUCUCCUGGGCCGAGCCGGGAGCCGGAGGAAGAGGUGGCCGGUGGGCUGAGGACUGACCCCCUUUGGGAACUACUGGUGGGCUCUCUCGGGAACUCCCCCCCAGAGCGGGGCUCUGCUGAAGGCAGCUCUACUCCCUGGGCCUCCUCCUGGCCUCUGGAGUCCACAUCCCUCCUCGCUGGGCCCACUGACCGGCCCACUGCUCCCUACCAGCCCAGGAUGGGCACCGUGACCUGGGCUACUGCUCUGACGGCUACAGCACCUCCAUCCAGUGCUCCCAGGCUCCACCAGAGCGAGCUGGAGCUGAAGUUUGACAUGGCGCUGAGAGCAGGCGUAGCCCCAACGCUUGGACAUCGAACACUGCCCCUGCUGCCCAGCCUGCGGGCCAGCCUGGCAGAGAUUGCGGGGCGCCUGGGACCCUUUGGGUUCUUUGGCACUACUGUGUCCCCACUCCGGAACUUAUCAGGCCCGAGCCCCCCGGGCCCAGUUACAUCCCCAAGCUCUGCCUCUGGAAUUUCGGAUUCUCCAGGGUUCUUUGGCACCACUCUAUCCCCGCCCCCAUCCCCCCAGGAGAAAAAACUCCCAAGUCCAAGGCCACUGGACCCAGCUGCUUCCCUGAGCUCUGCCUUCAUUGCAACAGCAUCACUAGACUCCACCACCUCCACCUCUGGCCUGGAUGACCCCUCCCCCGCCAGCCUUGGGAACCUUUCGGUGCAGCCAGAAUGUGGGCCAGGGUCCUGCGGUAUCAGAGAACUGCCUGAACGCGAAGCGCAGCCUCCUGCGGCCCCACUGCCCCUCUUCUUCCUGACCCUGGAGGCCGACUGGACAGAGGCCAAGGCUCGCUGGGGUUUGGCCUGGGAGGCCCAUGUGUACGGGGUAGGCGCGCUCUUCGGCCUGGUGGCCCUGCUGGCGCUGCUGGCUCUGGCCCUCUUGCCCUGGCGCUGCCCGCCCGGUGCCCCCUGCCUGGCGCUGCUGGACCUGCUCCUGCUCUCCGCCGGGACCACCCGGGCCUUCCCGCUCUUCUACGACGCCUACGGGCACCGCGACCGGUUGCCGGCGCUGGCCUGGCUGCUGCUGCAGGACCUCCCCCUGCCCUGCCUGGCCGCCGGCCUGGGCCUGGCCUGCCUGCUUCUGGCCCGGCCACGCCCGCCGCGCUGUCCAGCCGCCCUGGCCGCGCUGCUGCUCCUGGGGCUGGGGCUGGCGGCCGCCGCCGCCCUCGGGAGCGCCGCCCAUCGCCCGCUGCGGGCCCUGCGGCUCGCCUCCCGCGGGCUGCACGCCUUCCUCGCCGCCCUCCUUUCCGGGCUCCUGCUGGCGCUGUCCUGCUGGGGGGGUCGGCGGCGGCGGGCCGGAGCGCCCCUGGGAGCGUCCGGCUUCAAGGGCGCCACUCCUUUCCCGCAGGCGCGCAGCCCCUUCGGCCCGCUCGAGUCCUGGCGGCGCGCGGCGCGCACGGCCCCGGUGGCGGGCACCUUCGGGCUGCUGAGCGGAGCCCUGCAGGGCUACGAGGUGCUGCACGCCCUGGGCUACGGCGGCCAACCUGGCCUGGAGGGGCCCUGGCCCUGGUGGGCCUUCCAGCUCGGCCUGCGCCUGGGCGAGGUGGGCGUCGCGCUCCCGUUGGCGCUGCUGGGCCUCUACCCGGCGCUCUGCAGCCCCCGCGUGCCGCCGCGCUGCUGGGCCAAGCUCUUCCGCUUGUCCCCCGGCCACGCCGCCCCUCUGCUGCCCGGAGGCUGGGUCGCCGGGCCCCCGGACAAGAAGCCCCUGGGGAGCGCCAUCGCGCGUGGCGACGCGGAGCUGCUGCAGCUGUGCGCCCUGGUAGGGUCGGGUCCCGACCUCCUACUCCAGGGAGGAGGCUGCCGGGGCUUCGACGGCGCGGCCGCCAACCCGGCCCCUUCCCCGGCCUCCUCCCCCUGCAGCGAUUACACCGUGGACUUCCGCCCGCCCUCCCCCAUCAACCUGCGGCGCAGCAUCGAGGAGGCCCUCUGCAGCGAAGCCCUGCUGAAGCCCGGCCUCUUCCAGGGCCCGGCCUUCGGGGAAGCCCUGCCGGGGCUCGGCCUCUACCGCACCGCCUCGCUGGGGGCGCAGACCGGGGCCGGGCCCACUGGGAGGUCUGGGGAGGCCCCUGGUUCCCCCGCGCCCCCAGAGCUCCCCUCUCCCGGGGCCUGGCCCGCGGGCAGCAGCGCCUCAUCCGGCUCGCUGUGCGGACUGUCGCGGGACAGCUCGUCCAUGCUGCUGUGCUCCAGCCCGGACAGGCCCCCUCGCUGUCCGCUGGUCUGCGUCCUCAGUCCCCCGCGGCCCUCAGGAAGCAGCCCUAGCCUCCCGGUCUCAGGAUCCUACCAGGCCCUGUCCCCACCCUCCCGCGACUCCCCAGAGCCUACUCCUGAGCUGCAGGCCGAAGAGGCCUUGCUGCAGGAGCAAUUCCUGGACGCCUGCCGACAGAUUGACGAGCUGAGCGUGGGCAGCGACACCAUAGACCUGUGAAGAUGUGGGCCCCUCGCCGCCCCGACAAUACGCCCCUUUCUGGCGCCUGUUCUGCCCGAGACCUGCACACUGUAACCCUUCCCCAAUCCCGCCUGGCUCAGAUACCUCUCCACGCUUCCUUUCCCACCAGGGACCCCUGGAUGGGUGGGUCAGCAGCCAGGCUCUUUUGAUUGGGAACUAGUGCCACCUUCUCUGGAGCCCUGGGCACUGAUGCCCUCAGCUGCAAUUCUAGGCUGGCAGGGCUCCCACUUUCCUUGGCAUUCACCAGCAAUAAAGCUCCAAGGUGCUCCACUCCAGACCACCACUUCCCACUGUGGUGCUGAGUGAGAGGGGCUGUCCUCAGCAGACCUCAGGACUGGCCUCAGUCCCCACACCCACCUCUGCCACGCCCAGGAAUCCCAUCCCUGCGUGACUGAGACUCCGUGUCCUCCGCAUGACCCUUCCCCAUAGAAGGGUCCAUGGCCCAUCUAGGAGACUCUACAGCAGUUGGGUGGGAGGUGAGCGCUUUCAGAGUUAAUUUAUCAAUAAAAUAU